CCAUGCAAUCUCAGUCCGAUAGAAACUUUUGCGUUAAUUAGACGUCUUUUACAAUAAUGAAUUUAUUAUUAUCUGUGUUCGUCGUUUGCUUUAUAACUGUGUUUGGGGAACAAUGUCGACCAUCCGUGAACUUGCCAGACCCAAAACUCGGAUGUUGUGGUGUUCAUCUCGCUGCAUCACACACUCGCGAUAUGGGUGAUACAGCCUUAAACCAAUACCCAUGGCUGGCGCUUAUUGAAGAUCCCAACGGUAGAAUAACUUGCACGGGAGCUUUGAUCAGCUCCAGAUAUGUACUGACCGCUGCGCAAUGCGGUUUUAGAGAACCAAAGAGCAUAAGGUUUGGGGAGUACAACAAAACCAACUCCGAACUGGACUGUCUCAUGGUUAACGGAGCCAUGAAGUGUGCGGACAGAGUCCUGACUGUCCCGAUAGAAUACAUGAAGGCCCACCCCGAGUUCUCGACGCAAAACCCGAGACUAAACGACUUGGCACUUAUUAAACUGAAGACAUCAGUUCCUUACACUGAAUACAUAAGGCCUAUAUGCCUCCCAAGCUCCGACAUCAACACAUCUCCACCAAAAGGCCUGCCCUUCAUAGUUGCAGGUUGGGGUAGCAAGCCUUCAAGUCUUCAGGAAGAUGAUGUAGUCAAACAUUUCGUUGAAGUUCCUUACAAAUCCUUAGAGCAAUGCAAAGCCGCCUACGAGAAAUACCAUCCAGGUCACUUCACCAUCACAAACUACCAGAUCUGCGCUGGCGGUGAAAAGGACAGAGACUCGUGCAGAGGAGACGGUGGUGGUCCUCUCAUGUAUGAACAAAAUGGGCGUCACACAGCCGUCGGCGUUGUCAGCUUUGGGCCGAAACAGUGUGGUACCAAUGGAAUCCCUAGUGUUUACACGAAUGUCUUCAAGUAUAUGCCCUGGAUACGAAGCGUGGUGAGGGCUUAGAACCAACGUCCUAGAAAAUCAUAAUACACAUAUAUAUUUCUCGUAUUUGAGUCGUUUUAGCAAAUUUUUGUACCUAAAAAUCUUGUCAUUUUUUUGUGAAUAUUCGGUAGGUCUGAAAAUAGUAUUUAUACUCCUAAUUUAUUUUUCGGUAUUAUUAUUUGCAAUGCACGUCAAAAUUUUCACCCUUCCACCUCCACCUAACCCAGCAGGACAACGUUUGCAAACUCAACUAGUUUUUGUAUAGCAAAAGUCUGGCAAUUUGGAACUAACGAAAGACACUAUUUCAAUUGUAUUUAGAUAAUUUUCAAGUGUGUGUGAAUAUAUAAUAAAUGCUUAGUAUGCGUAUAGUGUAAUGUCCGCUACAUUAUUAUAUGUAACAAUUUAUAAACAUGACAUAGUCAUACUAUUAUUAUAAUAUAAUAAUUCGAGGAAAUAUGAAUAAAAAAUGGGAAAUAGCAAUAAGCAUUUGUUAUACUCGUAAAAGACUAGAUAAUAGUCCAUUAAUAUCUAGGUGUAAUAAUUUAAUGAAUAACUGUUAAUAGGGUAAUUAUUUAGUAUUAAAUAGUUUGAAAAUA